CAUGCUAAUCUCUGAUGUUUCAGUUAUCUUGGGUAAUGUCGCAUCUCACUCAGCCAAGAUACAACUGUCUUGCUCACGUUGAUUAGUCUAGGCUAUCAGGACUAGCCACGGAGUCAAGAUAUCGUCUUACUUUUAUCGCUGGAGUAGCUUCGCACGCAGGCAGAAGCAGGAUGGGAUGCAAUUACCAUAAUGCUAAUCAUAGCCUCUGGACUCGGAUCAGAUCGACUAACCCGUCGUGCCGUUUGUUCUCAUCAUCAACAGUAUCCUGGAGAUGACAUCAUAAGCCUGAGGAGGGACAGGUGAUGAUCUGAUAAGAUAAGGAUGACUAAUCACAUAUUGGAUCUGAGAAGAGAAAUGGCAACAUCGUCCUCAGCUCAUUCCACCAUGCUCUUAGACUCCUCUCUCAUCACAGGAAAAGUACGACACAAUCAACCCUAGUCAACCUCAUGCAUACUUUAUAAUGAAACCACACCAUGGACACAGCAAACGCCGCAGAAAAUGGUCCAGAAUCACAUGCAUCCCCAGAGGCUCCUAGCGCAGACAACGAAUACAGCCGCCCAGCGACAGGUAAAUUCCGCUUCAAAUCCUCAAAAUCGAAAUCUAAGUCUCACCGGGAUGAACCAUACGAUACCCACCACCAUCACCACCACCACCGCCGCCAUCACCGCCCUUCCCACCGCCACGACCACCAUCGCUCCUCCAAACGACACAAAUCCAAGCGCUCGCCCUCCCCCAACCCCCACGAUCAAGAUAACCCAUCCCGCCUCUCCCCCGACACCGCCUUCCGCGAGUCCCUCUUCGACGCCCUCGGCGACGAUGAAGGCGCCGCAUACUGGGAGACCAUAUACGGCCAGCCCAUCCACAAAUACCCCGUCCCAUCCGUCCCCAAGGGUCCCGACGGCGAGCUAGAGCAGAUGUCUGAGGAGGAGUACGCGACAUACGUACGCAGUCGGAUGUGGGCGCGGACGCGCGAGGGGAUGCUCGAGGAGCAAGAGCGCCUGCGCGCCGAACGAGCGCGGCAGAAGCGGCGCGAGGAGGAGAGCGCAGAGAGCCAGCGCGAGAGGAUGCGGUUCGAACAAGCGAUGGAGGAGAGUCUGCAGCGGGGCCGGGAGCGACGGCGUCUCAAGGUGUGGAAGACGGCCUGGGAGGAGUAUCGGCGUGCCUGGGAGGAGGUUAAUCAGGAAGUAAACGUGGGUGAGCGCGAGCGCAGGGCGUUCCGGAAUCUGGUCUUUUGGCCGGUGGAGUCGGGGAAGCGGAGGGAUGUGUCGCGCGAAGCGGUGGAGGAGUUUAUGCGCCAUGCGCCGGCGGAGGUGUCUGGGGCGGGAGACGGUGAUGGGGCGGACGGCACGGCUGGCCUGCUUGCGGUGCUCAAGUCUGAGCGGAUACGCUGGCAUCCGGAUAAGAUUCAGCAUCGGUAUGGUACGCUGGGGAUCGAUGAAAGUGUGUUGGCUAGUGUGACCGAGGUCUUCCAGAUCAUCGAUCAUAUGUGGAAUGAGACGAGGGCGAAGCAGUCGUAGACUGCUGGUGACUUUUUUACGUGGUCAGACGAGAGUUUAGAACAGCAUUUUCUCGGCGUUUUGAUAUCAUGAUACCCUGCAGUCGAUAGUCAUUAUUCAUCACAGUUCUUAUA